ACGGCCCUUUGAAACGGUCUCCAUAACAGGCGCUCCGUGAAAUUCCCUGCAGCUUUCAUGAAGUCUUCAGUGAACGAGAGGUUACUUUCCCACUGGCGGGCGCCUUCCCUCCAUUCGAGACAUUGUUUAGCAGACAUCGUCGAUCUUGUUUGUUUGGUCGUAGUUGGUUGAUCUCACAGCGUCAUAAGCUGUCGGCGGAACCACUGGAAUAGGAAAUCGAUCCUGUGAACUUCUUUUUUCAAGCAUGUCGAGUCAGAUUCGACUGAAGAAGAAAAGAGAAGCUGUUCGUAGGCUUUCACAGGGUUCUGGAGCUCCUGGUUACCCUCGCGAUCAUCGUUCUGCCUUGUCAUUACAAGCUCCUGGGCAGCCACUUCAGAGGAGAAAAUUUCCAGGUCAGCACGAGACAAAGAGACAGCAUCCAAGUGUGCCAGGUCAAAGACCAGCUAAGAGAAACUAUGUUAGUCCACUUGACCACAAUCCUGCCACAAGUGAUAAUGCUGAAGCAAAGGAAAUCAAACAUACUGAGACAGUAAAUUUUGGUUUUGUUGCUACAGCUGCUUCAAUGAUUACUCCCUCAUCUCAAUCUAUAUCUCAGUCUACAAUUGCUAAGCCUGAUACUUCUUCAGCAGUUUUAGCCAAACCAGUUUUCAGCUCAGGAUUUCCAGCAUCGGUAUCAAAUUUUCAACAAAAUGCAGUUCAGUCUUCAGGGGAAGCUAGUACCUCCAUCAUAUCUACAGCUAGUAGUGGUUUUGCAACAGGAUUUGGCAUGAGUCAAACUAAUGCAGAUGCUUUUGCAAUCUCAUCUGGAAAUGUUUUUGUGCAAAGCUCUCAACCAGCAUCAUCUUUGUUUGGGCAAUCACAGACCUCAAACCCUGUCUCCAGCUCAGGCUUUCAAAGUAACAAUUCAUUGGCUUUGGAUUCAUCAUCAGCAAACACCAGCUCAAGUAUUCUUUCUAAUCUUGUUGCUUCUGUAAAGGAGCCAUCAUCUAACUUAACAUUCAGUGGUUUUAAAAACUUAGGACCUUCUUCUUCAGCAGAAGUCUCAUCAAGUAGUGUUUUUGGCACCAAAAGUGGAAGUGAAACAGUGAAAAGCAGUGAUUCAACUCCUUUAACUUUUGGAGCAUUGGCUGCUCCAUCUCUCCAGGUUAAAUCUACUGCAGUCUCAAAACCUCUAUUUGCAGUAGCAUCUCCGGCCAAGUCAAAUACAUUUGGUGUGGCUGCUACAGUUAAACCACAGACAAGAAUUUUUGGUCAGUCCUUAACUGCAGUAAAAGGGCAACAGCUAGCAAAGGAAAACAAGGAAAAAGUUACAGAAGAUAAAUUGCAAACUGUGGAUAUUUCCCUUCUGAAGACAUUGGUAAUCAGGGAUAUUCCUGAGUCUUACAACAAGAAUGCAUGGCUGAAGAGGUUCUAUUCACAAUUUGGAGUGGUUUCAAAGGUCCUGUGCACUGCAGUCAAGAGGAGUGCAACUGUGACAUUUACAACUCAUGAAGGUGCAAGGUUGGCUAAGAAGGAAGGCAAGAUUCUGAAAUCUGGUUUGCAGCCUGUGAAAAUUUUUUGGAAGCAGCAAGGUCGCAAAAGGACAACAUCAGAGAGUGAGCAGCCUUCCAGUCCAGAGAAAAUAAAGAAGAUUUCUGCUCAGACUGCACCUUCAGAAAAACAAACCCAGCAGAGGAUAAAGAUGUCACAAGCUUUGAAGGAUAUUCAAGAAUAUUUGAAGUCAGUUCCAGCAAGUGAAAGUGCUGGGGAUAAACUUCAAGUUUUGGAGGGAAUUGACAAAAAGCUAAGAUUAGUGUUUGAAAGGUCAUCUGACAUAAGUUCUGCUAAAGCUGUCAUUGGAACUUGCAAAGACAUGUGUCCUGAGAAGGAAAGGUACAUGCGAGAGCAUCAAAGAAGACUGAGUGUGUUUGAGGUUGUGUCUGGGACAGGCAGCUUUGAUGAAAAUCCUCAAGUCAAUCACACCCGUGCAGUCAAGGAAUAUGACAGAUCUGCCGCUGAUAAGGAAGAGCCAUUGCCCCAUGAGCUCCGCCCUGUGCCAGUCCUCAGGAUGACCAUGGAUUAUCUGGCCACAAACAUCAUGGAUCUGUGUGAAGGAAGGGAAGGAGAGUGGUUUGAUUUUCUCUGGAACAGAACCAGGGGAAUCAGGAAG